AUGAUCGGCAUCGAUGAGGCAUAUGCCCACGAUGAUGAAGGAUAUGGCAGUGCCCCCCCAUCCCCGGUGGCCAUGCGUAGUUCCCCCCCCACCAGCGAUGACAUAUUAGGAGCAUUGACACAGGAGCAGCGCCAGCAUCCCGACCGAACGUUCCCCGAAUGGGUCACAUAUUUGGUGGAUUUAUUCAUGGUUCGUGGGACCAAUGGCCCCGUCCAGUGGUGGUUAGAUUUACGUACGUACGGACGGACGAUAUUUAUGAAUACCCCCAGCGAGGGUCAUAUCGGGUGGAAGUCCGGAGAUGAAUUGUUGUACAAACAGAUCCAUUUUACCAUGGGCCAUUUCCGCGGAUUUGUGCAUGGGUUGGUUGGCCGGUUACGGCAGCAGUUGGUCCACGAGUUGAUGUUUUGCACCGAUCACCCGCCCCCAGCCAUCCCGUGGGAUCAUUUGUACGAUGAUGCCACGCAGAGUGCCACCGGAUGGAGUUUUUUACAGGAUUUACGUACAUCGUGGCCGGUCCAGGGUCCGACGUGGUUCAUGGAGCGUAUCCGCCACGAGCCCCGAUUACAGCGUCAGUUUGUACAGUCCCACGGGGCCGGGUUCCGGAUGCCCGCCAUCGAUCGGUUUUUUCGAGUGGUGAGCCAGUUCCGUGAGCGGUUAAGCGUGGCCGUCCAUGUUUGUGCCGGUCAACCCAGCCGGGGUCCCGAGUUAAUGAGCAUCCGGCAUCGUAACAGUGAGCGAGAGCGCCGCAAUAUAUUCAUUGAGGAUGGCAUGGUCACAUUUGUCAGUCGAUACCAUAAGGGGUUCCAUGUGGCCAAUGAUACCAAGGUGAUUUUCCGAUAUUUACCCCGGGAGAUUGGUGAGUUGGUCAUAUGGUAUUUAUGGUUAGUAUUGCCAUUUGUGGAGCAGAUGCAGUCAUAUCAGCGGCAUAUACGGGGCGAAGCCGCCACCAUCGGUCGACGGGCCGAGUAUGUAUGGUCCCCGGAUCCCGAUCGGCAGACCGAGUGGAGUAGCGUCCGGUUACGGGAGGUAUUGAAGCGCGAGACCGCGAUUGGAUUGGAUGGGCAGAAGUUGGGAUUACAGGCAUACCGUGACAUCGCCAUCGCCAUCAGCCGGCGGUAUUUACGCCCCAGCAGUCAGUUCCAGGCCAACACCGAGGAGGAGGCCCCCGACAUUGACGACGAGACAUCCAUGGAUGAUGAUGGGAUCCGAGCAUUCAUUGCGGAUAUCCAGGCCGCGCAUUCCGCCAGCAUUGCCGGGACGCAAUAUGGCCGGAUGAUGAUGGAGAAUCCCAACACCACGGCCCGGCACCGCGAGUUAUUCCGCCAGGUGAGCCAGGAUUGGCAUUAUUUUUUAGGAUUCGAGUCCACCCGUAUCGAACAUGACCGCCGGGCCCCCGGCACCAAGCGUAAGCCCAACCCAUGGGAAGUCGAAACGGCCGAGGCCCGUACGCAGCGUCGAUAUGAUUUACACCAGACCAACAUAGACGAGGCAUUCCAGCACAUGAUGGGGAGCAACACCGUAGCAUUGCGGGGGCAACAGGGUCCCGUAUUACAAGCCAUCAAGCAUGGGGUAAGCCCCAUUGUGGCGGUCAUGCCCACCGGGGGAGGUAAGAGUGUGUUGUUUAUGUUGCCCGCGUGGGUGAGUGGCCGUGCCGGGUUAACCAUCGUGGUUGUUCCAUUGAUUGCAUUACGCGGUGACAUGGAAGCACGAUGCCAGCGAUUGGGGAUUUCAUGUGCGGUAUGGGACCCCUAUCCCAUGGGGGGUAAAUUCAAUGAGGCCCAUUGA